AUGCUCAGAUUAUCCUCAAACUCCUCAGACUACUCCUCAAACUCCUCAGACUACUCCUCAAACUCCUCAGACUACUCCUCAAACUCCUCAGAUUAUCCUCAAACUCCUCAGAUUAUCAUCAAACUCCUCAGAUUAUCAUCAAACUCCUCAAACUACUCCUCGGUCUAA